AUGACUGAACAUAGCUUCUACGCAGUAGGGCAUGGAAAGAAACCCGGCGUAUAUGAGCAAUGGGCAGAAGUGCAGGAGCAGGCCUUUCGAUUUCAUUUGCAGAUUAAAGACUUUCCUCAACCAGUUUAUAAGAAAUUUGCUACUAAAGAAGAAGCAGAAGAAUAUGUUAAAGCUCGAAGACCAGAGAAGAUUUCACUAGAAGUGGAUGAGAAAGCUGAUAAAUUUUACGCAGUUGCUCGAGGAAAAGUUGUGGGAAUAUUUACAGAUUAUAAUGAUGUUAAGAAUCAUAUAGCGGGCUAUCCGCAGCCACUGUAUAAGAAAUUCGAAAAAUUGGAUGAUGCAAAAGCAUAUUACAGUAAAUAUUCGAGUGAAGAAGAAAACGGUAAUAUACAAGAAUCAAAAGCACAUAAUACAGCAGCGAAUAACAAUGAGGAAGAAAUAAAAGUGACAGAAAAAACGGAACAAGCCGAUGAAGAAGAGUCAGUAUUCUACGCAGUUGCUCAUGGACACAAAACUGGCAUAUUCAAAACUUUGGAAGAAUUCAAAGAAGCAACAAAAGAUUUUGAAAAUGCCAAGUUUCAAAAGUUUGAUAGUGAAGAAGAUGCCAAAUUAUUUGUCAUGAGCGAGAAAGUUAAUAAUUCAGAAGAUCGCAAACGACCACAUAGCCCAGAUAAUGCACCAGAUGGUGUUGAGGAGAAAUCAGCGAAAACAGAUGUCAAAACAUCGCAUUCAAAGAAAAGUGGUUUUUACGCCGUUGCUCGUGGUAGAAAGCCGGGAGUAUAUGAAAGAUGGUUUGAGUGUGCAAAGCAGGUAAAAGGUUUUCAGAAUGCGAAAUACAAAAAAUUUGCAACGAAGAAUGAAGCACUUGCUUUUAUGCUUCAAAAUAGCGGUCGUAAAUCUUUAGAGCUAAACUCCAGAGAACAGAAGCAGUGGGAAGGAGUUCCAAUAGUAUACACAGAUGGUGCUUGUUCUUUUAAUGGUCAUGCUGGUGCUGUUGCAGGGAUUGGAGUUUAUUGGGGUGAAAAUCAUGUUGACAACAUUUCUGAACCUCUACAAAAUGGACUACCAACAAAUAACAGAGCCGAGCUUACAGCUGUAAUCAGAGCAGUACAAAUGGCAGUGCAGCGAAACUACCAAAGGAUUAUUGUUCGUACUGACUCCAAUCUUCUCAUUCAAACUGUAAACACAUGGAUACAUCGUUGGAAACAGAAUGGUUGGAAAACUGCAAAUGGUAGCGACGUCAAGAACAAAGAUCUCAUUAUUCAUUUAGAUAAUCUCCUCAAAAAUCUCCAAGUACGUUUUGAACAUGUUGCUGGACACGCAGGAAUAUUAGGAAACGAAAGAGCGGAUCAGCUUGCUCGAGAUGGUGCUGCUCGUAACGGCCAGUUUUGUUCAUGA